AUGUCUUACAAGAUACUCGCUUCCACAGCAGCAGCAGCGCUUGACAAAGAACUGAUGUCUACCGGUGGAUUCUCCAUCUUCCAGCUCAUGGAGCUGGCCGGACUUUCUGUUGCUCAGGCCGUCUAUAAAUGUUAUCCUCCAGAAACGCACCCGAAAGUGCUAGUACUAGCAGGUCCGGGCAAUAACGGUGGUGACGGACUGGUAGCAGCGAGGCAUUUGAAACUCUUUGGAUACAAUCCUAAGGUUUACUAUCCAAAGAAAUCGAAGGGAGAGCUUUUUGAUGGAUUACAGACACAAUUGAAGAGUUUUGGCGUAGAGUUCGUCGGUGAUGGAGACGAAAUCAGACUGGAGAUGCAAAAAACGGACCAGAUCCUGGAUGCUCUUUUUGGAUUCUCGUUCCACCCACCCAUCAGAGCUCCGUUCAACGAGAUAGUGGCUAUCAUGAGUACCACUGACAAGCCGGUUGUUUCGGUUGAUAUUCCUUCUGGAUGGGACGUGGAUGAAGGACCAACUGGUGAAGUGGAGAACUUCCUCCCAGAAGUGCUAGUUAGUUUAACUGCACCCAAACCCUGUGCAAAACUAUUCAAGGGACGACACUUUUUAGGCGGAAGGUUUGUUUCUGAUGAACUGGCAAAGAAGUGGGAUAUUUCAAUCGGGAAAUAUGAGGGUGUCGACCAGGUGGUGGAGUUGGAGAGACAGACGUGA